GCCCACUCAAAGUUUUUCGUCGUCUUCUUCGCGAGAAUUCUGAGUUCUCUCAAGAACCCUAAAAUUUCUUCAGAUUCUUCAGAUUUUCUCACUCAAAUUUCUGAGAGAAUGAAGAUUGUUGGCACUAAUGUCCACUUCCAGAAAUUGGAAGCCAAAUGCUCUUCACCGGCAUUCUAUAAAAGCUAUCUGGAGAUGAUAGCUGCUCAAGAACUCUCCGAAUUCCUUCAUAUGGAGAUCCACCUCAAAUAUGAAGUUGAAGUUCUGGAAUUCUACAGAAAUGGAGAGGUCAGGACUGUUCGAUCAAAGAAGAACCCACAGAGGACGAUUCAAGUCAUCAAAUCCACUAUUGGAGGGAGAGAAGUGAAGCUUUCACAGAAGAAAUUGGGAGAAAAGCUUCACCUUCCCAACUCUGGAGCUGAAAUUGGGAGAUUUCUAGUCAAAAAUCUGGACUGGAAUAUUAUUGGAAUUUCUGGGCAAGUUCCUUCUGGCCCAACGAAGAAAGCUGAUCUGAACAACGACUACAAGCUAGUCAUGGAACUGGUCAUCGCAUGCCUCGAGUGUGGAAGUGGAGGACAUGCUGAUGACAUCAUCCAAGAGAGGGCCUUCAUCAUCAACGCCCUCAUUACCAAGUCUAAGGUAAACUGGGCUGCACAUUUCUUCAAUUCCAUCUCAAAGCAUCUGGGAAAGCCCAACCAGAAAUACCUUUGUCAAGGUCUAUACAUUGGACAUAUUUUGGAGUCCAUGGGUGCUGCAUCUAAAGGGAAGAAGUAUGGAGCCAGAUAUUGGCUAUACUACCUGUCUUCAAAAGGAGAACACUACUACAAAAAAUGGCAAAAACACUGCCCCAAUUGCAUCACUUAUAUAAAUAGCCGAUGCAAAAGACCAAAGGCAUCGGUUAUUUUGUAAAAGCGAUGCAAUUGAUAUUUAUCAAAAAUAAUUUAAAAAAUCAAAAUAUGUAUUAGCAUCGGUUAUUUUGAAAUAACCGAUGCAAUAGACCAAUGGCAUCGGUUAUUAAGAACAACCGAUGCUAAUACAUAUUUUAAGAACAACCGAUGCUAAUACAUAUUUUAUAUUUUU